AUGGAGAAGAAGUGUAUGUUGGUGAUGAUAAUGAUGAUGAUGGCGUUGACGACGAUGCCAUUAACGGCAAACGGUGAAUCAUUUGCAGAUUGUGACAAUAGGUGCUAUCACAAGUGCCAAAUAUGGUAUUCCGGCCAAGACAAAUGCUAUCACGAUUGUAUUGGUACCAAAUGCCACAAGGCACAAGUACUCCCUAGGAAGAUGACCAAAGGGAUGUUUCAAGAAAUCAAUGCGUAG